AUGCUGACGCACAAAGCAAUCUCUCAGAGUGCGCCUGUGUUGUCCCUGCUCGUGCGAGAGGCAUACCGUUCGCUGCAUUUCAGCAAUGCUGCAACAGCCAGCACUGUUAUUGCGGCGUUGGGCGAUCUGCGGGAGCCGCCGUUGAGUACGCACGCGCUUGUUCUGUCCGUGCUGACGGUGCUGCCAGACUUUCGGUGCUGUGUCCACGUGGCUCGUUUGAUGCGGGGAUUGUCACUGCUGCAAGUGCGGCACCCAAUGCUCACAGCGCAUCUUCUGAAGUGCUAUCUCCGCUGCUGCUUCGUCAAGGAAAGUACGACUGUCGUCGCACAGGGCGUGCUACCCACUGUGGGCUGCGGUGUUGUCCACCCACUGGUGUUUCUCUCCUCCUUCGCGACGGUCCUGCGGGUUCUUGAGUACCAACACUGCCCGCUGCGGUUUGUCGAUGCGCUCCUGGAUUCUGUAGAAGAGAUGUUGGGGUCGGGUCACGUAUUGGCAUCGCUGUGUCAGAGUCAUCAUAAGUAUCAUCACAGCGAGGACGGCGACGACAUCGACGGCUUUCAGUCUGAAGUGAACAGUGAGGGCACCUCGGCGGAUAUAUUCCUUGUGAUGCACUGUCAUGUGCUUCGGUGCCGCCGCCGCCGCCACCGCUGCUGUGGGCUUCAGCUGAAUCGCCUGGACGCUCUGCUCGCUUCCUUCGCCGGGCACCUGCAUUGUCGCCAUAUUCUGUCACUGCUGUUGGCCUUGGAGGGUGCAGGGGAACAUCGGCAGGAGUGGAGAACGCCGUUCUGCCAAGUGGGGGAAAUGGGUGAGUGCCAAAAGGUGCUGCUUCACAACUUGGCGCUUCGCCUUCAGCCGACGGUCCUUGCCCCCGGUUUGCUUACAAAAGCUGAGAUCGUGGCGGUGUUGCGGCACGUAAAUCACUUCAGUCUCAGUGGAGUUCCACAGGAUGCCCAAAGGCGACUCUGCCGUCUGGUGGAUGCAUUGUGCACUCUCUUAGAAACGGCGCCGUUGUCGUUGGACACUGUUCGGCAGCUCGCGGUGGACGAUCUCCUGGCGUGUGACGAAGGCAAUAAGGUGUCACGGCAGCUCAACGCAGUGUGGGUUUCAGAGUUUCCAAGAAAGCCGCGUCUGGGUUUUUUUCUAGAUGCGCUGCAGCAGGCGAUUGAGCCAAGUGAAAGCUGCCGUUCUGGUGGCGGGUACGAUUGCCGUUUGGCGGAAACGGUCCUCGAUGUGUGUCACCGUCUUCUUCUUCUUCGUAGCGUAGCUGGUGCCGGUGCGGUGUCUCUGGCAAGUAUCCGUCGAGCGUGCAAUCUUGCCUGCACCAUGCUGGACAAGUUGCGCCGCCGCGUUGUCCGUGUGGAUCCUACUGUUCAUUUGCGUCUCUUUGCCACAUGUGAGCCGCUGAAAGUGCUCCUGCGGCAAAGAGCGGCGUCCUCAGGAGAGGCAUAUGCGCUGCUGCUUACAGAGGAGAUAGCGCGCUACGAGACGGGCGUCAUUCAUUGCUUGGCAUCCACAAGCAUUGCCCACGACGUGUACCUGCGCCCUCUCUGCAGCAUCAUGUGCGGGCGGCAGCCUACGGAUGAACUGCUGGCGAUAGUUGACGGUGUCCUUCCAGCGAUAUGUGGUGGGCGGACUGCCACACGCGACACUGCGGAGCUCCUCGUGAAACUAGCCUCCGUGCUUCGCUCUGAAGAGUGGGUGAGGUUCUGUGGCGAUGAUGCGCGGUGGGUCAUGGUUGCUGCUUCCGCGCGGCUCAGAGAAGCAGUGAAGGUGCUGCACGUGACGGUGGCAUCUUCUGAAGAAGAUAUGCCGGCGCACCAUGCGUUGGGGGUGCUGCUAGGGCUUCUAGCAGUCAUUUGCCCGAUAGAGCGGCGGCGCGACAUGGGGCAGCAGCGCGCUUCGGUCGCCGCAUGUCUUCCAGCGUCUGUAAAGGCUCUCUCUGUCGCAUGCGGCCUGUUGCGGAGCUGCGCUGCGUGGAUUCCAGAGCCCCAAUUAUGCAGCAGUUCUCAAGACACCUUCGCGCUGCCCGUUGUGCACGCGUUAAGUGUCGCCGAGUACUACGCCUUGCAGAGCCGCUCGUCGAAGCAGUGGCGUCAUCUGUGCUGCGGCGCAGAGAACAGCUGCUGUGUGUUGGACGACUCCAACGACAAUCCUGACGCGUUUCAUCAACUUUCCGCAAGGUGGCAUGGAAGAGGGAUAGUGAUGGGGUUCACCUUGUGGCUGGGCGCGUUUCGGUGUGGCAUCGAGCUCGCGGAGGACGACACGCGGCGUGUCGCACGCACAAUGUUGGACAUGUGUGAGCUGCGACAGCUGCACCUCACGACUCUCCGUAGCGUCACGCAGCUCGUACUUUCAGACGGGGACUGGACGUGUCCGUCGCUGCGGCAACAGCUUCUUCGCGCCGUUCAUCUCAUGUUCGUCUGUGAGACCCCAUACGGUGAGGACGUUGUUGUGCCAAACCUUGCUGAACGGGUGGAGUUUGCACGUAUUGCUCCGCUGCUGAUAAUGGAGCUGUUUCGUGUUGUCCAUGUUUGUGCUGUUGGUGAAACCCCUGCACUUAAGGUGGAGCACGGAGCUGCGCCAAGCAGUGUGUCGCUGCCAUCCUGCCUGACGGGCAGUGACUUUGAGAUGGAUGGAGUAGAGUUGGCUGAGCUUCUUUUGCGGUUGUUGGAUGAAUUUCAGAGGAGUGAAGAGUCAAGGCGGCCUUUGCGUGCGCUUCAUUGUGUUGUGUGGGACUCGCUCACGUGCAUCGCGUCUUUGAGUAGCGUUCUCAAUGACUGGGUUGAGAGGUUUCGUCAGAGCCGCUCCUUUCACGCGGAGGAUGUGUUGGACGGCAAUGGAGGCAGUGGUAUCCUCCACCAGCAGCAUGGAGACCGCGCGGCCGUUAUUGUGGCCAACACUCGCAACACACUGCUAUGGUCCCUACUGAUCCUUGCCUGUUUUAUGCGGCACCCGAAGUCUGCGCUCGACGCCAACACGGCGGCGCAGCUGGCGGCAGCGCGACAUGCCGUUGCGCGGCUCGUCCAGUUGGUGUCGCACCACAUGCCGAUCCUGCGGCGAUGCCGCCCGGCACCCGAGUCGCUCUUGGCGCUGCGUCUGUGUGAGGCGGUGGAGGGGACCUCUGGCGCCCCAGCAGGAAGCGAGUUUGUGUCUGUUGUUCUUUCGGAGGUAUUGCGCCGUGAAAAGGACCAUUUGUGUUUCUGGGAAGGCGCGUUUAGUGAUGUGGCCGAGGCAUUGAGGCGCUACUUGUGA